AUGAGGGAUGUAGACUCUGGAAUUCAGACAAAGCCAGCACAUCUUUAUAUGUCCCAAGUUCAAACCAGGACUGAUAACAAAGCAACAAGUCCAUGGCAGACAGUUGAUAUUACAAUUUUUAAGAUUCAGAUUUGAUUGUGAUGGAAAAAGUUCGAUGGAUAUAGAAGUCAAGAGCAUAAGGUACUCCCACAACAACAGGAGUUGGAAAAAAAGUGAAACAAAUAAUCAGAAAUGGUGAAGAGUGGAGACUAAACCGAGACAUAAGCAUAUUUCUGGAAAUAUCAGGCAUCUAAUUGGGGCCACGGACAAGGACACGAUAAAAUUGAAAAAUAUCCAUUUCCACUCCACUUCCAAGUAUGAUACAUGAUAAUCCAUCACCUCUCCAUUUUUAUUCCUUCUCUCAUCUUGUCUAUUGGCUCAGCCCCCUUUAUGAGUGACUACCAUCAUCUCACAGAGUCUCUUCUUAGCCAUCCCCCUGUACUUUGAUUAUUGUGAAAAUGACAUUCCCGAGAGAAGAAAUAGCAGAGCUAUCAGCUAACAAUCAGAAGAGUAGAUCAGAAGCAGAUAACAAUGAUUAUGGGGACACUGGGGAUGAUAAUUCAAAAGUGUGGCUUACCUUGGGGGUCGGCAGAAAUGAUGCUCUGAUGGCUGGAAACAAGGAGUCUCAACCAGAAUCUGCUUCCAACAAGGUCUUCUCAUGCAACUUCUGCAUGAGGAAAUUCUUUAGUUCCCAAGCACUGGGUGGCCACCAGAAUGCACACAAAAGGGAGAGAGGAGCAGUUAAAAGGUACCAAUCUCAGAGGAUGAUGGGAAUCAUGGGUUUGCCCCCAUGUAAUCCAUCUGUCCGAUCACUUGGAUUUCGGCCUCACUCACUUGUGCACAAACCAUUCAGAGAAGCCCCAACUAUGAUGGCUCGAUUCAGUGAUGCUAGCAAUGGGUUUGGGUUGCCUUGGACAUCAGUGGCCCCUGAAGAAGCAACAAAUUUAAUAUGGCCAGGAAGUUUUCGCAUGAACUCUCAACCGCCCAACUGCAAACAACCAUCAGACUACCCUCAACUCGACCUGGAUCUCCGACUUUGAUCCUUCUCAAUAUCCAUUGUGUCUUUGUUAAUCAGCAACCAGAAGCUUAUGCAGGUCUACAUGCAUACAAGAUCCAACGUCCCUCGGGUGGAGGUUCUCCCCAAUAAAAAGAGAAGGAAUGGUAAGAAAAAGAAAACAAUUUUCUAGCUUUCAGUUUUUGCAGGGUUCUACUCUAUCUUAACGCCUGAAUAAUGGCCAAUUUCUUUGAAUCAUUAUCUCAGAAAACCAUGCCUUCCAAUCUUGCUGCUGUUUGCUUCAAAAAAAUGAUCAAGUUGUUAUAUUAUACAAAAGAUGUAGCCUUUUUUUUUUGUUCAAUUUGAAAUCAAUUGUAUGCCUAUAUCAUCCUCCUAUUGUAGUCCAAGAAUUGCUUGAGUGGAUUCUUAUCCUUGCUAGACCUGAACAUUCAAAAUCUA